AAACCUUUCAAAAAGUCAGCCGGCAAACCUGCUCGUUUCAAGAACUUCUUUCAAUCUACACUUCCACUGUGCUGCAUGAGGCUGCUAGCUCGGCGCCUUUGCUCGCUCUCUAGAUUUGUUGGCCCAGCAGCCAGAGUUCCUAGCAGAUUGCAGCCCUGAGCUGAGACUGAAGCCCUCUGCGACAAAGAAUUUCUCAAUGCUCAGGUUUUUUAGGCCCUGCUAAGCUUUUGGCACACAUUCACCGUCAACUUUGUGAGCCAUUUGACAGACAGAAGCAGGUUCGAUAUUGCAUUCGCAAAGAUGGCGGCAAACAUCGGUAUGAUGGAUGGAGCGUACUUCGUUGGACGAGGGGAGAUUCUGUCCUGGAUCAAUAACACCCUUGCACUGAACCUUCAGAAAGUCGAGGAGGCUGCCAAUGGUGCCGUAGCUUGUCAGUUGAUGGACGCCACCCAUCCAGGGCAGGUGCCAAUGCACAAGGUGAGUUUUGAAGCGAGGAGCGAGUAUGAGAUGAUCAACAACUACAAGGUGCUUCAAGAUGUCUUCAAUAAGCUGAAAAUCCAGAAGUACAUUGAGGUGGCAAAGUUGGUCAAGGCACGGCCUUUGGACAAUCUGGAGUUCCUGCAGUGGCUGAAGCGCUACUGUGACUCAAUCAAUGGCGGGGUGGUGAGCUCAAGUUACGACGCUGUGGAGAGGAGAGGAUCGAGUAAGGGCGGUGCCAGCGCGUCUCGAAAAGUAGCAGCCUCUGGAGGUGCCGCAGCUGCUGCUCCUAGGCCCGCCGGAGAAUCAUCUUCUUCUGGGGCUGCUGCAAGGCCUCGGUCGGCAGUUCGGCGUGGGUCAGAGACAACAGUCAGGGUAGGGUUGAAAGGGGCAUCGAUGUCAAACGGGUCUGCAUCUUCAUCCCCACAGCUGGAAAAGGAAGUCCAACGGCUCAAUGAACAGGUUACAGAGUUGAAGCUUUCGGUAGACAGCUUGGAGAAGGAGCGGGACUUCUACUUUGCCAAGCUGCGAGACAUUGAGAUUCUGUGCCAGACGCCGGAGCUAGCAACUCUGCCAGUUGUUGUGGCGGUUCAGAAGAUCUUGUACGCUGCGGACGACAGCCCAACGGUCAUUACCGAGGCACAGGCGGUGGUAGCAACGGCGGCAGCCGACGACUUGCAGCGGUCGCAGGACAAGACGCAAACAACGACAGUGACAGGAGCGGCUGAAGAACCAAGUACUCCGCCGCAUACUGCAAUCGAAAGCGGUGAAAUGCUGGAGAAGCAUGCGUUGUGAGUCUCUGCUUGAAGAGAUGUUGGUGAGACCUGUACGUUAGAGCUAGCACUCAGUGUUUGAACGCUUCAUCAGAUGAUGCUCGAUGAUCAGUUCUUUGGCGGCACUGAAAGACGUGUAGAGCAGUUGUAAGGAAGUAGCGACUUCUUGCCUACCGUAUCUAAGCUUCAUAAGUGUGUGCGAUUGGUGCUCACUGGACGGAGUAGUUUAUCCAGUUGGCCAGCGUCAUAAGCAUACGGUAGAACAGUCUAGGUAUAUGAACUGUAAAGGCUCAGUUUGCGAGGAAGGUACUAGAGGAGCAUGUUCUUUGCUCUGACGCUUGAGUGUCGGCGUACUUUGUCUAGAAGCGCCAGGGGCUUUUUCUAUAGCACCCUACACUGUGACAUUUCCGGCACUCUGUAUGGUCUCGUUUAGGAGCGGCCCCCUGCUAGAGUUGGCUAGCUGACAAAAUGAUUUUUAUGAGCCAUGUACAGGCCAAGUCACUGGCUUUGGGUUACGCGGGUUCCGAUC